CAGCUGUGGCGAUGACGGACAGUGUGCUUCGCCUGGACGCGGAGGGUCGGGCCGUUGGGUUUGAGGCAUGGCUCGUCGACCUCCUCCGCCAGCUGACCGGGCAACUCCAGGACAGCCACUUCCGUUGUCUCACCAUUUCUUUCACUCCCGUAACGUCACUUUUGACCAGUCUGUCUCCUUCUACACCCGCUUUCUCCACCGAGGCCUCCCCGUUGCCCCGUCCCUGUGUCAAACAUAUCAAAGUAUGUUAGUAUAGACAAUAUAGGUUUGUGCCUUAG